UCAGUAUAGAGGACCCAUAAAUUCCGUCCGGCGGUGGAGAUUAGGUUUUGAUUAGCGCUCUAAUUGCGCACAUAUAUCAAGGCAGUGGUCUAUUAAUCGCGCCCAGAGCGCCACAACCUCAUCCUCAUCCUCAGCCGCCGAGAGCCGCUUCUAAUGGCCCCCGACUAUGAUGUAUGCCUGCUUAAUUUGGCCCGCAAACAGGGACAAACUGGGAAAAGAAAGCCCAGGACACGACCAAGAGCAAGACAUGGAGACCCGGAGAGACAUGGGCACAAUCAAAGACAAAUAAAUUAGAACACGACCGCAGCGGAGACAGAAAGGUUUUUGCUUUUCCACACUCGGGGAUCGCAGCAGAAAACUGCAGCCACGAACUUGCAGCGAAACACGACUCGCAUCCAACAACCGGCGAAUGCAAAUAAAUUGAAAUGAAGCAAUUUGUUAGCCAGAUUAAACACAACAACAAAAACAAAAACAAAAAAAGGGGGGAAAAAGACCUUAAACACGGGAAGAGAACCCAGAGAAGAUCGGAGACAGAUGGAGCCCACAGGGCUAACAAAGUCAGCGAAUUACUUAAUUAAAAAUCGUGGCCCAAGACCCCAGAACUGGUCCUCCUCCUCCUUUCCGAGGAAACCCUUCCUUCCAUUCCUUCCUUCUCGAAGAACCCCUUCCCGAUUCCCCAGUGACAUUAAUAACGUGCAGUGCUCAUUACUCAGCAAUUGUGUUUGUUUGCCGGCCCUUUUUUUCGUUUCCCCCACUUUAUUUUCUCCUCUUUUUUUUGUUUUUUUGUGGCUGCUACUUUGGCCAGAAGGGCUGCCCUCAGACAAAUGCGAUCGAACAUUAGCAGGCAAUAAAUUCUCAGAGGUAGUCUAUUGCUGGCGGGGCUUGAAAGAAAGCCGCGAACCCUACGAUUUUAUCGCCGGGCUUCUCAGAGCUUCUCAGGUAGUGUGAGCAGUUGGCCGGCUAAUUUGCGAGGGCGGUUUUGGCAAACAAAAGCCCACUGAUUUGCUGAUUUCCGAACACAACACCAACUUAUGACGUAUGAGAGUUUGCUUUCGGGACAUCUCAAGUGGGCCGCACAUUUCCCAGUUCGUCGCCAGGCAAUGCAAUUGCUUUUUAUUAAUUUCAUGCUACGACGCGCUGGACAAACAACUGGGUUUGGUUUUGGAAUCAAAGAAACACUAAGGGAAAAAUGUAUAUAUUUUAACUAUAUUAAAUGCUAUAUAUGUGUAGAUCUAUAGAUCUGUUUUUCUUCAAGAGCUGACAAGCUGUAUUUGUAUAUUAAACAAAAUAAUUAGAAUUUUACAAUCAAGGCUUUAAGAGUAAUUUACCAUUUUCUAAGCAGGUUAUUUUACAAAAGGUAACCUUUUAGAACUUAUUAAAAUUUCUCCAAGUGCCUUCAUAUGUGACCAAGGGUCUGUCGACCGCGACCAGCAGGCGUAUUCCCAAAACUCCGCGGGCCGCUCCAUCUUGGCCGCAUCUCGACCGCAUCUUGACCGCAUCUUGGCCACAUCUCGAACUAUAAAAAGCAGGACCGCUGGCCGGCAACUUUCAGUUUCAGUUCCUCCGCUUUUCCAAGAGCCAAAACGCAACGGAUGCCGCUGGCUGGCCGGCUAACUGGUCGGAGACUCUGCGACUCUUCAAAGUGGCCGACGAGGCAGGAGCGAAAUAAAAAUUGGAACAACCGCGCAACCGACUGCAGUUUCUCAGACGGAGUCGCAGUCUGCGUUUGAAUCCAAGUUGGGGCUUGGGGAUCCGAAGGAGCCGCAGACAGCAUGAGACUCACGUUGGCUUGGCUCUGUGUCUGCCUGGCGAUUUAUUGCGGCGGUGGCCAUGGCCAUGGCAAUGUGGUACUAUCUUUGCCACCAUCGCUUAUCGCCACGGCCACGAAGGCGGCCUUGAGCCACCACCACCACCAAAAGCAACAACAACAGCAACAGAAAAAGGAUGCACGCGUCCUGUUUGACAGCCCCACAGAUGCACUGCGCGAUAUGCUGCACGGCGGCCAAGUGAAUUCAGGAAAAUUCAGCAGUAUGCCCGAUGUGGAUGUGGAGCAAGUUGCACCGCCGACGAUGUCUGAGGAUUUUAAUCGAAACGCAGAUGAUUUAGGGGCCCGGCAAUCAGCGCCGCAGGAAAUUGCCAUGGCAAUGGGACUCGGAAUGGGAGUGGGAAUGGGGGGCCCUGGAUUGGGACCCAACUACCACCAGGCCACGCCCCCUCACCGCUAUUGGGGCAAUCGAUGCCAGGGACAAGCUGGUGGAUCGGCCAAGUGUCCGCAGGAGUACUACCGCACCAUGUUGGCGGCCAGGAACAAAGACGCCCUGUCCCGCCUCCACUUGCAGCUCAGUUCGAUGCAGGACUCCGACUCCGAGGUCAGCUCCUCCGAUUCCGAGGAGGAGGUCGACGACAACGACGAGCAGAACAACAACGAGGUCUUCAUGCUGCUCACCGGCGAACAGGAUCUCAUCAAGUUCCUUCACUGGGCCAUGCAGCUCCUGUAUCCCAUUCAGCGUCCUUUUGCCAACUUGAGUGAGGGAGCCGCCGAGAAUUACUACCCGGGAAUGUUUCUCUGGAAGAAGCUCAACCUGUCCGGUCACCUGGAACCCCCGCUAAUUGUGGAUGAACCCCAGUAUGUUCUCGUGAGGAGGGAGAAGCUCUUCGAUGGAUAUAAGUUGGGCGAAGAGAGCAAGGAGAACGACCCUUUUAUACCGCCUCGAGGUCGCAAGCACAACUCCCCGGAUUUAGACGCUCUGAUGAACCGGUACGAACCUUUUGUACCGAAUCGAGGCAAACGCGACAAGGUCAAGGAUCUGUUCAAGUAUGACGACCUGUUCUAUCCGCACCGCGGCAAGAAGCACCGCAACCUCUUCCAGGUGGACGAUCCCUUCUUUGCCACACGAGGCAAGAAGCUGCAGCUCCGGGAUCUCUACAAAGCCGACGAUCCAUUCGUUCCGAAUCGCGGCAAGCGGCACUUGUCAGCUGGGAAAGUCGGAGAGCGGGAGGAAAGGCGCGAGGUGGGAGGGGGAUCGGGAAAAUGGAUGCCAGAUGACAGCGACAACAACUGGCCGCAAAGAAUGUCAACGCAUAAAAUUAAUGGUUACGAUCAAUCAGUCAGGCCAUCACUGUCACUGGAGGAGGCUGCUGGGUUGGCAGCAGCAUCUUCUUCGUGGCGACUGCCCGCUAAUAGAUUGCACUCGACAAGAUCAAUGUCAGCCGAUCAGCAAAAGCAGCAGCAACAACAGCAAUUGCCUGGCAUCCGCUUCAUUGGCAGUCCGAACAUGCGCCAGCAGCAGCAGGUGAAACCAUUAUCCUGGCUGGGGGAGGAACGCCUGCGGAGAUCCAUCCUGCCGCAGGAGAAGAAAAUACCCAACGAUGCCCACGAGACACAAUUAACGCAAUCGCAAUUGCAAUCGCAAUCGCACCCGGCUAAUCCCCAUUUGGACACUGAUUCCGACAACUUGAACAUUUAAAUGCGGCGAGCGAUUUUCGGUUUUCGGUCUUGGUUUCGGUCUUUUCCGAUUUUCAGUUAAAGGUUUUCAGUUUUCGGCUUGGGGCACCGUUUUCCUCGACUCAUGUAGACAGAACUAUAUGGCACACAAUAAAGUACAGCAUGCAAUUGAUUUUGAGAGAAAUCGAAUCGAAUCGAAACGAAACGAAACGUGGAGAAUUGAAGGUUACUCUGCUCUGUUACGUUGCCCUUGGCGACGCCUUUUAAGAACUCCACUGGGAGAAAAUGUAUAUAAAAAUUAAGCAGAUCUAAAGAACACAGAGAUAAGAGAAUAUCCAUUAAUUUAUGAUUUAGAACCAAUUGGUUUGCAAUCAUCGGAAUAUUUAGAAGCAUUAUUCUUUGUUGUAAUAAAAAGAUUGCAACAUUGUAUGCUGAAUUUAAUGACAGGCUUGCUGUUUAGUUACAAAUCUUUAGGCCCUAAUAAUUGACAUCUUUGAGAUAUAGUAUUGAGAUAUAGAUUUUUCCCCGUGUGCUCUGCGAAGGUCUCGCCUCGUUGCCCUUGGCGCUGUUGUUGCAGUGCGAGGAGUAUUGCCUAUUUUAAUUGUAUUCAUUGGUUAAUUUAUCGCUAAAUGCAAUCAGCAUUGUGCCGGGCAGCGAGUCUAGACUCCGAUGGAGCCGCAGCAACCCAGCUGCAGACAGGAGGGCGUGGCAUGGAGUUGAUGCCACAGCGGCGAUAUGCAGGCAGAUAUUUUCAGAACAACGGCAAAGCAGCAAUUCAAGCUUAGCAACUCGAAAACCCUCAGAAAACAGCUGCUGUUCGCUGUUCGAAUGCAAAGGUCAGACUUCUCUGAAGACUGAAGGGCCAUGUAAUCCCCGAAACUCACAUCAAUCACGCGAGUUUAGCUUAUUAGCCAAGCACACUGAACCCUUUGAGAAGAAAAAAGCUGGGAGAAACAGCGAUUUUUUAAGCCACUGGGAACUGAAAUUUUCCACUUCAACCGAUUUCUGACAUUGACAUUGACCACAUCGACAUCAACGUCAAAAUAUUUGGUAAGCCAGCGGAGCAGCUCGCUUUGUUUUUGAACAAAUGACCAUUGAAGGUCAUAGCCAGAUCCAAAAGCGGCCAACAACAAAUUGGUUAAAUAAUACCCAUAUGCUCCACCAUCUCCAUCUGGUUUUGGCCUGUUUUUUACUCGUUUUUGGUUUUGGUUUUGGUUUUCUGGUAGCCUGACGUCCGAGCGAUCGGUCCAAAAUCCCCUGAAGAUCAUUACAAUUUCAAUGGCACUUCAUAUGGAGUGUGUAUAUGCAUAUAUAUGUACCUAUGUUUGGCUAGAAGAAUGCAGGCAGCAGAGCCCAUAAGUACUAACCAUUUUCUUUCCGUUCAACUCGGUUUGCUGGGCAAUGACACUUGAAGUGGUCAAUCGCCGGUCGGCUCACGUGCAGCUUUUUGAGGCAGAGGUUUUGUUUGGGCCACAACACGUCCAUCGGAGGGCAGCCUUUGAGUUAGGUAAGCUUAGUGCUAAACAGCUGUGACAGCUUCAGAAGAAAUCCCACAGAAGCACUCCCAUACCGUUCUUACAUAACUCAAAACAAAAGUGUUUAAAACUACAUUUGUAACGAAGUCUUAUAGGUAAACAAUAAUGUGUAGGUAGUUAAAACGUCAAAAGAAGCUUAGUUGUUUUGUAAAUUUAACAUAUCAAGGUAAAUUAAAAAAAAAAAAAUUUGAAGUUGUAAUAUUAUGUCAUUUGUAAUCUUUAAUUCAAUUUGUUUUUGAACGUAAUAAGGUGCUUUAUAUUUUUAAGAAUACUAAUUCGGAUUCGAAUUGUUUAAAACCCAGAAAAAACUGGUCGUUGAACCUCGCAAAUCCAAUCAUCUAGAUGUGUAAGCAGUCGGGAUUGAACAAAUUAAAUUCCAAUGGCUGUUGAAAACUGAAAAGCCCGGUCAGCAGGCUACUUUGCGUCACUUUUGGCAAGCGGCUAGAGGAAAAGAAAGUCCGGGCUCAGAAGAGCACUCACACAAAAUGCGAUUCCCAGUUGUGAGCUUCGAUUCGGCAUCGGCAGCAAAUUGGCUCAAUUUCUUUUGGCCAAGGCCUUUUGCUUUUGCAUUUGCAGGCUGUUGCUGAUUUGCUUGUCGGAAAAUAUCAACGCAUUGUCAGCGAGUCGAACUUGACAACUGGCAACAUGCAACGCUGCAACGCUGCAACACUGCCAUAAUGCAACUCUGCAACAUUGCAACGGUGCAACAUUGUGACUCUGCCACUGCAAUUGUAACGCGAUCAGCAUGAGUAGCUGGCAGCCUGUGACAGCGGCUUAAUUGCUGUCUGCAAUUAUGAUUGCUGCCGGUGUAGAGAAAUUGUAGAAGUCCCCGCCUCACUUUCCUUUCGCAGCUCCAACUUCUCAGCUUCUCCCACUGGUUUUUAGUGUUUUUUUUUUGUUGUAGCCCCUCCGAUUUCUGACUCCAUUUGGCAUCAUCGGCGGCCUGUGGGAUUUUCAUUGUUUUUGCGAGAUCAACUCCCGGUUGACAAAAAUAGUAACGUGCAGGCUGGCUGGCAGGCAGGCGCUGCCUUUUAUUGCCAUUUGUUUUUGGCCCGUUCGCCGUUUGACGUUGACAAAAAAACGUCAUUUGCAAAUUGGGCAAAGACAACUUUCUCUAGGCAGCUGCAUUUGCGCCGUCGCAUUUGCAGUCGCAUUCGCAUUCGCAUUCGCCAAGUGACAGAGCCAUUGCAUAAAGCCAUAUAGAUAAAGCAAAAGGCAAGUCGUCGCCCACAUUCAUUAACAGCAUUCGCAUAAUUGGCUGAAGCAGAUACGUUUUUUUCUCGAUUUUUUUUCUUUCUGGGUUCAUCGAACGAACCACCAACGAAUCAGCCAGCCAUCCAGGCUAGAAAAAAAAAAAAAACUAAAAAACUUAAGCCAAAAAACAAUCCCUGGGCGCAGCAGCCUUACGUCUCAAUUUCCCAUCGCCACUUUGUCAAUAUCUAUAAUUAAAAUCGUUUGAGAACACACGCAAGCGGUAUGCCCGAUUUAUCAGAUUUUCGAAUGGCAGAAAGGCAAUAUUUAUACACGUUGUCAUGCUGAAAGCUUGAUUGAUGCAUUAAGCUUACUUAGCCAUAGUCGAUGUUGACGAGCGCCAAUUAAUGGCUGCUUAAACGGGAAAACUCUGCCGCUGCGAGCCAGUCAGUCAGCCAGCCAUUCAGCCAACCAUUCAGCCAGCCAGCUUGUCCAUGUAAAAUUAUGGAAAAUCUGUGCAAAAUCCAGCGCUAAUUGAUGCAGGAAGCGCGACGGAAAAACGAGUUGCCAUCGCCUGUCAUGGAUUCGCUUCGUUUCGUUUCGGUGCGUCUUAAAUGGGUCAGGCGGUGAUUACCGCCUCCACUAACGCAUUUCAUAACUACACUAAGAAAAUAGAAGCUUCAUUAAUAGAGAAAUAAAAGCAACAGUAAGCUGCCUUGAUAUAAUAAAGAUUGUGGAACUUUGAACGAAGUUUAUUUUGUCUAAAGAAACAACUUGAAAAACAAUUGUUAUUCAGUUGAACAAAAGGGGAAGGUUUAUAAUUAAUUGGAAAUUAUUAAAUUAAUAUAAAUAUUUGGAAACUAAAAUAGUUCUUCUACUAACUUUUCAUAUAUAAUUUAAAAAAGACGUAUCAAUAGGUAUUACUACAAUUAUUUAAAUUCUUCCAUCGUUCUAAUCAUUUUAUUGUUUAUAUUGUUUAACCACUUUUAGGUCUCACUUCCAUUUUAUGACUUCUAUCUUUUUGGCUCAGUGCAUUCAAAUUAAGCCUAAGGCCACGCCAACAACAAGCGUCUUAGCAGUCUUAGCGUGUAACGGCAAUUUCCAGCCAAAACGCUGCACUAUUUGUCAUAAUAAAUGCGCACAAAGGAGACGUAGCCGCAAAAGAAAGCUUUUCGGUUUGCGUGGGUAGCGCUGUGACACAUUUUGUCAUCAUUAGGCACAGUUGCCGGCUAAUAAUUUCAAUUUAGCCAAAAAAUUAGUUGCAUUUGGUGGUGGCGAAAGGGGGGAAAAUGUGUAAAAAGGCGUUAAUAACCGCGAUGUAAGGCCAUAAGCUGACAGCCCACGCCAGGCCGAGAAAAACUAAGCCAAACUAGGUUUUACUUUAGUCCGAAUGACUGCCCCAAAAAGGGGCGAUGGGGGCGUGGCCGGGCACUCGAUGGGUGUUGAGGUGAUGACACUGAUUAUAAAAUGCAGCAUAUGGUGCAUUUGGUGCAUGGCGUGCAGCAUUUGCUGUCAUAAAGCCAUCCCAGUUGAUCAGCUGCGAUAAAAGCCGACUUGCUCUGAUUUCGCGCGGUAAAAAACGCAGUUAAAUCGCCGGCGUUUUGUGCGCGAUUUGUGGGUGCUUCAUUUUGGCAGAAAUGGCGUAAAAGCACUUUAGUCAUGCAGUUUAUUUUAUCUUGAGCUCGGACUCUGGCUCUGGAGAAAUUUUAUUUGCCUUGCAUUUAUAGUGUGGUUAUCUUGAGAACCUUAAUGGCGAAAGUAAAUGUCUAAUAAAAAACUGGGAACGCCUUGCUCUAAAUUUUGCGCUUUUGAAAAUGCCAUUUGAAGCGAUUUGUAAGAGCAUCUCUUGAUAAAGAUAUAAAAAAGCUAAGCUAUGGGAGAUGAUUAAGAGCUAACAAAGUAGAAUUAACCCAGAUUUGAAACGUGUAUCUUGUAAUGUCCAGUAAUGUCUAAUCAUAACUAUCAAACCAAUAAAUAUAAUAGGUUAUAAGAAGUCUGAAUUGUUUAACGCACUCCAUUUCUCCUGGGUAAUUUCCUUUAGCUUUUAGUUUGCAAUAUAGGGAAUCCAAUAAAAAUAAUCCAGUUUUGUAUGCGCCACGCGCACUUUUUUCAGACCACUGACCACAAGAACGCCAUAAACGCAACGCUCACAAAAAGCGCGUGCGUGCGUUUAUGCUUCCGCCAUGAGCGGCAAAUAAACAUUACAAUAACAACAAAAUCUGGCAGCUAUGAGGAAAAUUCAUGCGAAACAGUUAUAAAAAAGACAAAACCGUAGAGAAAAAGGCGAGGAAAUCAGAAAUAAGAAAAAAACAAGAAGGAAAACUAAAGCCUCGGCCGUUGACGUUGCCGUCAUCGUUGAUGUGUAUGUGUAAUAUUGCGCUUUCCGGUACAGAAACAUAAAAUUUUAUGUACACGACCGCUGACGACAGGCCAAACGACAGCCAAAGCGGCAGCAGAAAGUCGGGCGUGCAACGCGGCGUAUGCGUUACAUAUUACGGCUCUGUGUGAGUUUGCCUUAACACAUUUUUCUGUCACGCAAAAUAAUCAUUUGCAAAAUCACGCCGCGUUGACAGCAGAAGAGGGGUUGGGUGGAGCAGGGUGAGGGGAAGCGGUGCUGAAUGAAAGACUGGCCCACUAGGCCGGGUCCCAGGCAAUUGUGUGAUUACACAGAGAAAAAUUAUAAGAAAACAACUACAGAUGGAGAUUAGACUAAACAAAAACCCCAAGGAAUAGUAUUUUCCUAAAAACAAAAUUCUUAUAAGGUUAAAAAUAUAGCUACACUUUUUCAAGCCAAAAUAUAUCAAAUAUCAUUCAUGAAUUUUUCUAUAAUUUUCUUUAGUUUUAAACUUAUUUUUCUGUGCAUUUUUGUGUGCGUUUUACUUGACGAGGACAGAAGUUGUCGGUUAUUAUCAUGUGAAAAAGCCUGAAAUUGAAUAAUGUCAUUCACCAGACGAGGACAAGUGGAUCCAAGAGGUUCCCCGUCCCACCAACCUUCCUUUGAGUGCUAGACUCAAAGUAUAUUCCCCAUUUAAUGCGCAACUUGCAAACGGAAAAGCUCUGUAUUUCCCAACCAGCUGGCAAAC